AUGGCGUCUCUGGUGAAGAAGGGUAACAAAAUCAGUCAAAUCGUCCGUCUCAAACAGGUCAUGCAACGAUGGCGUCGACGCUGUAUCAAUACCGAUUCCUUCACGUCUGACUCAGAAUCCGAAAUUGCCGCGACUCGCCAACAACCCCGCAUCCCCUCCCCUGGAUCCCUCGCCGUUUACGUUGGAGCGGAACGUCACCGAUUCGUCAUUCCGACGCGGUUCCUGAACAUGCCGGUGUUUGUGUCGUUACUCAACAAGGCCGAGGAAGAGUUCGGAUUCCAGACGACCGGUGGACUUGUCAUCCCUUGCGAUGUGAUUUUCUUCAAGAGGUUGUUGAAGGUUUUGGAGAGCAACGAGACUGGAGUAUGUGCGCUGGACUUAGACGAUUUCACGGCGAUGUUUGCCGAUUUGGCGAUCGAUUCUUCUUCGUACUGUAAGGAUGUUAACAAUUCUAAUUGCCGUAGCUUCACUCCCCUAUUACAGAAAGCUAGAGUUUGA